UGCAGAUUUGUCCUGUCCAUUGACAGGGCAAUCUCUCUGCUCUCUUCGGGAAGCCACUUCUUUUCCUGACUGAACCGCAGAAGAAGAGAUGGCGUCGUCCGACUCAGAAACGUCGGCGCGCCGCCGUUACUCCCCGGACGACGACCGUUCCCCAUCCCCCGUCGACCGCCGUCGCUCCCCGAGCCCUCGUCGUGGACGGUCUCUAUCUAGGGACUCGAGAGCCUCGCGAGACUACGACCGCGGCGUCUCACCCGCCCCGAGAGAUGCGUCCCGCAGUCCCUCCCGCGACAGGUCCCCCUCGGCGAGAUCCCCCAGUCCGCCGCCUCCUCGAAGGCGGUCGCCAUCACCCCGUGAUCGCUCCCGCCCGCGCUCUCAUGACCGGUCGCCCGCUAGGUCCCCCCCGAGGAGACGCUACCCCCCUCCCGCGCGCCGCGAUGCCGACAGGUACCGGCCGCCCAAGAAGGAGCGCACGCCGCCGCCAGCAGCUCCCGCAAAGACAGAGGAAGAGAAGCUGGCGGACGCGCGGGCCGAGUACCAGAAGCUGCUGAACAUGCGCAGCCAGGGCGUGUACCUGCCGCCCCACAAGCUGCGCGCCCUGCAGGCCGCCAUCACCGACAAGAGCACCAAGGAGUACCAGCGCAUGGCCUGGGACGCCCUGAAGAAGUCCAUCAACGGUCUCGUCAACAAGGUCAACACGGCCAACAUCAAGUACGUGGUGCCCGAGCUCUUUGGCGAGAACCUCAUCCGCGGCCGCGGCCUGUUCUGCCAGAGCCUGCUCAAGGCCCAGCACGCCAGCCUGCCCUUCACCCCGAUCUACGCCUGCCUCGCCGCCAUCUGCAACACCAAGCUGCCCCAGGUCGGCGAGCUUCUGGUCAAGCGGCUCAUCAUGCGGUUCCGGAAGGCCUUCAAGCGCAACGACAAGGCCGUCUGCCUCUCCUCGACCAUGUUCAUCGCCCACUUGGUGAACCACCAGGUCGUGCACGAGACGCUGGCCGCCCAGAUCCUGCUGCUGCUGCUGGCGAAGCCGACCGAUGACAGCGUCGAGAUCGCCGUCGGCCUCAUGCGCGAGGUCGGCUUGUUCCUGGAGGAGAUGUCGCCGAGGACCACCAACGCCGUCUUUGACCAGUUCAGGAACAUCCUGCACGAGGCCGACAUCGACCGCCGCACCCAGUACAUGAUCGAGGUGCUGUUCCAGGUGCGCAAGGACAGGUACAAGGACAACCCGGUGAUCAGGGAGGAGCUCGACCUGAUCGAGGAGGAGGAUCAGAUCACCCAUCGCAUCGGGCUCGACGAAGACAUCGACACCCAGGACGGCUUGAACGUCUUCAAGUACGACCCGGACUGGGAAGCGAACGAGGAGGAGUAUAAGAAGCUCAAGGCGGAGAUUCUGGGCGAGGGGAGCGACGAGGAGGAGGACGACGACGAGGAGGAGGAGGAAGAGAGCGACGAAGACGAGGAGGACGAGGAGCAGAAGGCGCUCGAGAUCAAGGAUCAGAGCAACGCGGACCUCGUCAACCUCAGGCGCACCAUCUACCUCACCAUCCAGUCCAGCGCCGACCCGGAGGAAGCGGCGCACAAGCUGAUGAAGCUGCGGCUGCCCCCCGGCCAGGAGCCCGAGCUCGUGUCCAUGAUCGUCGAGUCAUGCGCGCAGGAGAAGGUCUAUCUCAAGUUCAUGGGCUUGCUGGGGGAGCGGUUCGCGCGGAUCAACCGCAUGUGGAUGGAGCUCUUUGAGGAGUCCUUUAUGAAGUAUUACUCGACCAUCCACCGGUACGAGACCAACAAGCUGCGGAACAUUGCCCGCUUCUUCAGUCACCUGCUUGCCUCGGACGCCAUCGGCUGGCACGUCUUCUCGGUCAUCCGCCUGACCCAGGAAGAUACGACAUCGGCGAGCCGCGUCUACAUCAAGAUCCUCUUCGAGGACCUGCAGGAGAACAUGGGCACGGCCAAGCUCAAGGCCCGCAUGAGCGACGAGGCGCUGCAGCCGAGCUUCCAGGGUAUCUUCCCGCACGACACCGCGGCCAACCUCCGCUUCGCCAUCAACUACUUCACCGCUAUCAAGAUGGGCUUCCUCACCGACGAGAUGCGCAACUACCUCGCCAACAUGCCCAAACCCACGCUGCCUCCCCCGGUCCACGAUUCCGACUCGGAUUCCGUCUCGAGCUACUCUUCCUAUUCGUCAUACUCAUCCCGCUCCCGCUCCCCGUCCCGGUCUCCGUCCCGGUCCCGGUCUCGGACUCCCCGCCGGGCCAUCGACCGCGGCCGCGGCCGGGGCCGUUCCGUCUCGCGCACCCCGCCGCGCAGGGGCAGGUCGUACUCGCGCAGCCGCAGUUACACGCGCUCCAUCUCGACGGGUCGCUCGCCCUCCCGCUCGCCUUCCCUCUCCCGCUCCCGCUCUCGCUCUCGCUCCCGCUCCCGCUCACCUGUUCGGCGCCGAGCCGCCGCCAGGGGCCGCCGUAGUAUAAGCCGCACGCCGAGCCGAAGCCCGAGCCCGAGCCGAACGCGGGACGGUCGCGGUCGCGGUCGCGGGAGGAGCUACAGCCGCUCGCCGAGUCCCUGGUCAGCAUCACGCUCGCGCUCGAGGUCGCUCUCGCGGUCUCCGUCGCCGGCGCGGCGCCGCGGCCGCUCUUAUUCUCGCUCCGUCUCACGCUCGCGCUCGCCAUCCCGUUCCCGGUCCCCUCCCCGCUCGCCAUCGCCCGUCGCGGGCCCCGCGGGCGCCGCGGGGAAGCGUCGCAGGGGAGGCUCGUAUUCGCCCAGCCCGCCGCCCGCGAGGAGGCAGAGGCGGUACAGUCGCAGCCGUAGCCGGUCGGUGGAGCGGGGCGGGGGCGUGCCGGGGGGUGCUGGUGGUGGUGGCGGCGGAAGGGGGAGGGGGGAUUCUUACUCACGGUCCUUGUCGAGAUCGAGAACGCCGUCGAGGAGUCCCUUGCCCCCGCCGUCGCCGUCGCCGCGAGGAGCAGCGGGUAAUGGGAGAGGUGGUGGUGAUCGUCGUCGUGGUGGCGGCGGCGCGCCAGGGAGGGGCGGCGGGUAUUGGGAAGAUGACCGAGACGGGUAUAGGAAUGGUGGGUAUCGCGAUAGGGGUCGGGGGCGCGGCAGGAGCCGGUCGCCCCGCUCGCCGGCGAGGAGUCCGGCGGGACCGAGCGGCGGGAAGCGGAGGAGAUAUUACAGCGAUUCGCGGUCGAGGUCGCCGGGGCCUUCUAAGCGGGGAAGGGCCGACUGAACAUCGAUGCGUUCAGGAGGUAAGGCCAGACCUGGGAACCGGAACCCGGGGGGGGGGGGUAAGAGGGGAGAUUGUACAACCCAUGAUACCAUUGUUAUCAGGUUAAUCAAACUUUGAAGGGUUUUCCUUUUCUCAUCAGUUUCAUCAUCUUGGGCCAAGGUUGCUUGCUUGCUGGGGCGGGUCCGGCGUGCUUUCAUAUCAUUGAUAGUCGACCAUCGGGAUACUCGACAGUUUGAAGGAUUAUGGAAUGUGUCCGUAUAUAGCCUGCUCACGCAGGUCCUCCUUCUGCGGUAAUCGGCCUUUACCGCGGUGUAAUUGAUAAAGUACCCCGCCAAGGGUCGGACUGCCGCUUGUUUUUUAAAUGGGAUAGAUCAAGAUUACAGAGUAUCUAUCGACUGCUGACUACGAG